AUGAGUCUCAUGAACAAAUUAACAGGCUUGCAUAAAAUUAAACUACAAAGUUCCAUCCUUGAACAAGACAAUGUCAUUUUUCAUACUUUUCAAUUUCUCUACUAGUUAGAUGGAGCGCAUAAUCAGUUUAAUCCAGAUUUAUAAAUAUACAGAUUUAGUGAAUCAUAAAGAAUAUAUCUACAUUCAAGACAGCUUCCAUACUUCUACUUUCUCUUUUUCAUUUUAAGCCUCAAUUCAGAAGUUAUCAUUUACAAAGGUUAAGCAAUCGUAUUUAUAACUCUAAGAUCCUUAUUUAAAAGAAUUUAUUUAAACCUUCCUUAAGUUCAUCCAUAGGGUAUUAUUAUUUUCUAAAAUGAUAGAAGAAUGGCCAAAAUUAAAUUUGGGAUAGGUUUCUCGAAACAUACAGUUUUAGAAAUCCAAAAAGUAUCUUUAAAAUUAUUCAUCGAAAAUGAAAUGCCCUUUGAGGAUUGAUAAUGGUCUAAAUGAAUUGGAUUAAAAUGUAAAUUUGAGUAAGAAAAAUAGUUAUUAUUAUUAUCUCUUUUCAUUAUUCAAUGCGGUUCAAUCUUCUGAGAUUUAAAUUAAGAAAGGGAUGGUUAACAAUUCUUUUUUUAAUUUAGGAAAUAUAUGGUUAUAAAAAGGGCUUAGGUAGAUUCAUCCAAUGGUUUUUAUCAUAAACCAUUUUGAACUCUUAAAACCAUAUAGAUAACUUCCUCAUUGA